CCUCAAUCCAUCCCCAUCUCGGUAACUAACGUUAUGUUCUCGAGCUUGUUUAUACUGACUAGUCCACAUCACCCAGCUCCACAGAGCAGAGGCGACGGAUUAUUUCCUCACAUUUUCUUCCAAAAAUAGACAUUUAUUGGUGGAAGACUAUUUACUGUUUGAUAUGGCUGCUAUUUCAGCAUGGUUUUGGAACGAGAGGUUUUGGCUCCCACACAAUGUAACUUGGGCGGAUCUUGCAGACCCAGCGCCUGGAGUGGAGUAUCCAAAAGCUGGACACUUGCUCUCUGCCUUGCCGUUGGCUUUAUGGAUCUUUGCCGUCAGAAUACUGUUUGAGAGGUUUGUCGCCAGUCCGUGUGCCCGGAGUCUUCAUAUCCACGCGGAGGUGUGUAGACGAGCCCAGCCUAACGCUGUCUUGGAGAAGGUUUUUACUUCCAUCACUAAGAACCCUGACUUCUCCCACCUGGAUGGGCUGUCCAAGCAGCUGGACUGGGAGGUGAGGAAGGUGCAGCGCUGGUUCAGGCACCGCAGGAACCAGGACAAGCCUAGCAUGCUCACCAAGUUCUGCGAGAGCAUGUGGAGGCUCAUGUUUUAUCUCUGCAUAUUUACUUAUGGAAUCCACUUUCUGUGGCAGACACCAUGGAUGUGGGACACACGCCACUGUUGGUACAACUACCCUUAUCAGGUUCUGACUCCUGGGAUGUUCUACUACUACGUGUCAGAGCUGGCCUUCUACUGGUCCCUCAUGUUCUCCCAGUUCACUGACAUCAAAAGGAAGGAUUUCCUGAUCAUGUUUGUCCACCACCUGGCCACCGUCAGCCUCAUCAGCUUCUCCUACGCCAACAACAUGCUGCGGGUGGGCAGCCUGGUCAUGUGUGUCCACGACUCCUCGGACAUCCUGCUGGAGGCUGCCAAGCUUGCCAACUACGCCAAAUACCAGCGGCUCUGUGACUUCCUGUUCGUAGUGUUUGGAGUGGUGUUCUUCAUCACGCGCCUCAUCAUCUAUCCUGUGUGGAUCCUGAACAGCACGUUGUUUGAGAGCUGGGACAUCAUCGGGCCCUACCCCUCCUGGUGGCUCUUCAACUCCCUGCUGCUGGUCCUGCAGGUGCUGCACAUCAUCUGGUCCUACCUCAUCGCACGCAUCGCCAUCAAAGCCAUGCUGCGGGGAAAGGUGUCCAAGGACGACCGCAGCGACGUGGAGAGCAGCUCAGAGGACGAAGGUGACCCGGCCAAAGAGCGCAUCAAAGCCCUGUCGCUCCGGAGCAGCUUCCCUAAAGGAGAGAACGGCACCAACGGCACCAACGGCACCAACGGCACCAACGGCACCAACGGCCACUGCAUCCCCCGAGCCAGAGCACACAUCAGCCACACCUGCUGACACAGGCGGGCCCAGCUGGAGGCAGGCCCGCUCCGUCCAGACCCCCCCCUCCUCCUCCAGAGAUGCACUGUGCAGUAUCUAUCUCUGUCCUCAUGAGAUUCCCCUGUUCCUGCUUCCUGGCUGAACUUGAAAGGUUCCUAGCCUUGUUCUUAUCUCCACUACACAGCACUUUCCCAACUUACUGACGGGCCGCAAGAGAGUGGACACAAUUGUUUGUUUUUUUGUGGACAUUAAUUGGGAUGUAAGAGACACUAAUGUGGAAGUUGCCUCACCAAGUUCAAGAAAAUAUUCAGUCAAAAUAUUUUCUAUGAUUCAGUUGUGGAUGGACAGGUCUGUCAGUAUGUGAAAUACUGAAGAUGGCGAAUACUGGAGAUUGUUUUCUCUCCCAGUUUUAUUGGUUAGACAAACUUGACUUUUACUUACUGUAUUUUUUUAUAUACUGAUCAAUAACUUUUAGUCUUGUUUUGUCAGUUGUUCUUAGAAUUGUUUUCCACUACUGCUUGGAGAUAAUGUUUGAUUGGUCAUGACUUCCUGUUCACUAAUGGACUAAAUCACAAAAAGAUUGUUGUUGGACUACUCAUAGAGACAUAUGUAUAUAAUUGUUAAAGACAUUUAAUAACUUUAAAUUACAACCAGUUGUACAUAGACAGCAUUGAUCCUUGCCAUCCCCAUCAUUACAGAUGGAUUUGGGAGAUGCGCUGAAGACAUUUUCAUUUCAGCAAACCGAAAAA